AGUUAACAUGGCUGUGGAAGAAGCGGUUCAUCGUCGACGACGCUCCAACACUUGUCAUCAACCGUCUCUUCACCAUGUCUCAGGGCAACACAACAACACGUGACAGGCUCACGGAAUGGCAGAAGAUCGCGGCCGUGCCCGAUCUGGACUUACCAUUCACGCAUCUACGCCAUGAGUUCUACAACAGGUCAUGCGCUGCGCUGAGCCAGGCACUUGGUGAUCACGAGCAGUAUGCAACUUUCGCCGAGAUCAUUGACAAGGCAAGAGAGAUCAUCAAGACCAAUAGGUCGGUUGCACACGAGAAGUCAACGUGGCAGCCAACCUAUGUGGAGAAGGUGAGAACUGGUCCGCGACAGCAGCAGUUCGCUGCAGUCCAAUUGGACACUGUGGAAGACCCAGCAGCCACCCAAGCGUCACGUGAGGGAUAUCAGGUGGUUGCUGUCCAGCCGCGAAGCAACAUCAAGCCCCGAGUGAACGGGAAGGCGAAAUCAGCAUCGCCGGCCGGAAAUGGACAGCCGGCACCACCAUGGGUCAAGUUCGGCUUGACCGAGGCCGAGUACAAGUACCGCAACCRUUACGGCUGYUGUUACUGGUGCAACAACACCAAGCACAAGACCUCCAUUUGCCAGGAUCAGGCCAAGGAGGAUGUGCGGCCUCGCUGGAUUCGGCCUACCUCAUCGCCAUACGGUGCUCCUGUUCUCUUCAUCCGGAAGAAGAACAAGGAUUUGCAGUUGUGCAUCGAUUCUCACAAGCUCAACGAGCAGACGAUCAGAAACGCCGGCCCUCUCCCACGCAUCGACGAUCUUCUCGAGCGACUGGGCGGCGCCAAGUUCUUCUCCAAGCUGGACCUCAAGUCGGGAUAUCACCGACUCGAGAUUCGGAAGGAGGAUCGCUACAAGACCGCGUUUAAGAUGCGAUAUGGACAUUUCAAAUGGCUGGUCAUGCCAGUUGGCCUUACGAAUGCCCGAGCCCAUUUCCAAGCGGCUAUGACAACGGAGUUCCGACACAUGCUGGAUCGUUACGUACUUAUCUACCUUGACGACAUCCUGGUGUACAGCCGGAGUUUGGAGGAGCAUGUGGAACACCUGCGCACCGUUUUGGAGCGGCUACGACAAGCCAAGUACAAAGCUAACCGCGACAAGUGCGAAUUUGCGCGGCAGGAGCUGGAGUACUUGGGACAUUAUGUGACGCCGCAAGGCAUCCGUCCGCUUGCGGACAAGAUUGAGGCCCUACGAGUAUGGCCCGAGCCCACCAACACCAUGAACGUUCGUUCAUUCAUGGGAUUGGCGGGCUACUAUCAGCGAUUCAUCAUCGGAUACUCAAGGAUUGCUGCACCUAUGACGCGAUUACAAUCGCCAAAGGUACCAUUCAUAUUCGAUGACGACGCAUGCCGGUCAUUCCAAGCACUUAAGACGGCCAUGCUCAUGGCACCCGUCGUUAGCAUCUAUGACCCCAUCCUGCCGACGAGAGUGACUACGGACGCUUCCGGCUAUGGCAUUGGGGCAGUCUUGGAACAACACGACGGCGACGACUGGCACCCUGUGGAGUAUUUCAGCCACAAAGUGCCUCCCAUAAACUCGCUUGAUGAUGCAAGGAAGAAGGAGCUGCUCACAUUCGUCAUGGCUCUCAAGCGAUGGCGGCACUUCCUCCUUGGGCGUCGUAGGUUCACAUGGGUUAUAGACAAUAAUCCAUUGACCUACUCCAGGACGCAGGAUACGGUGAGCAGCACGAUCGGACGAUGGAUGUACUUCAUCGAUCAAUUUGACUUCACACCGAAACAUCUUCACGGCCUCUCAAAUCGCGCAGCAGAUGCACUCUCGCGAAGACCUGAUCUUUGCGCUAUGAUACAUCAUGCCUUCGCAUUCGACGAGGAGCUUCAGCGACACUUCAUCUGGGCAUACGAGUCUGAUCCGGACUUCGCUACGUUGUACGCACAACUAUCUUCGGAUCGCCCGCCGGCCAGCCACUAUCGCAUUGCCGACGGGUACUUGCUCCUCCACUCGAGAGGCAAGGACUUAUUAUGUGUCCCACGAGACCGUCGUCUUCAGACUCGCCUUCUCGGGGAGUACCAUGACUCACGACUAGCCGGCCAUUUCGGAGUCAACCGCACUAUUGCACGGCUUCGACAACGAUUCCGAUGGCCUGACCUCAUUACCGAUGUCACUCGGUAUUGCGACUCUUGCGAAGUUUGCCGACGCAGCAAACCCCGCAACCGCAAUCCCUAUGGCGAGUUACGCCCGAUGCCUAUCCUACGGGAACCCGGUCUCUCCAUUGCCAUGGACGUCACCGGUCCGUUCCCUCGCGACCGGCUCGGGCACGACGGCAUCCUCACGGUUGUGGACCGAUUGAUGGAACAGGAUGUUUCACGCAAACUGCUUCCCCAGUGGUUUGGACCAUGGUCCGUGACAUCAGCCGCAGGCGAUGAGCCCGAUGGCCCUUCGUUUGUGAUCAACGUUCUUGAGCAUCUGACGGUCCAUCCACUCUUUCACGCAUCGAAGCUGGCAACAUAUACACCAGCUAAGAGCGAUGACUUCCCUGGCCGACGAUCGCAGGACCCUCCAUCUAUGGAUGGUCAUCAGGAGGUUGACCGCGUAAUCUCGGAUCGCAAGUACGGCAGCAAGCCGCGACAGUACAAAGUUACAUUAAGAGCAUGCGAUCCCGACGACUCUCGGUGGAUUUCAGGAGCAGAUUUGAAAGCAUCCGCACCGCUGAUCUACGCUCACUACGAGUGUCAAAGGUUAGCCAAGGGACCUCCACAACCCGCCCCUCCCACCUCGACUAUGGUCCCUCCCUCAGACAUACAGCUUCGCCCUCGCAGGUAAGCUUGGUCUUUCAAGGAGGGGGGGGUGUGGCAUACUGCGUAGCCACACGGGCCCUGCAGGGCCCGUCCCGCACUUUCAGCCUAAAAGCCUAAAACU